GAGGAGGGGGCGUGGUCACUGCGUGGCAAGGCUCUAGGUAUCCUAUGUGAUCCAGUGCUGUUAGUGCUAUGGCUGGAAUUAUCCAACUCCUGCUGCUCCUGGGGCUCCUACCCAGCAUGCCCCCAGGGGCCCACUGCUCUGACAUAGAGGGUGAGUACUGCAGCCUGGGCAUCCCCCCCAAACUGGCAGCCUGUCCUUAAUCCUGUGUACCCCCAAACCUGUCCUGUUAUAUACUAAUCCUGUGUACCCCCAAACCUGUCCUGUUAUAUAGUAAUCCUGUGUACCCCCAAACCUGUCCUGUUAUAUACUAAUCCUGUGUACCCCCAAACCUGUCCUGUUAUAUACUAAUCCUGUGUACCCCCAAACCUGUCCUGUUAUAUACUAAUCCUGUGUACCCCCAAACCUGUCCUGUUAUAUAGUAAUCCUGUGUACCCCCAAACCUGUCCUGUUAUAUAGUAAUCCUGUGUACCCCCAAACCUGUCCUGUUAUAUAGUAAUCCUGUGUACCCCCAAACCUGUCCUGUUAUAUAGUAAUCCUGUGUACCCCCAAACCUGUCCUGUUAUAUAGUAAUCCUGUGUACCCCCAAACCUGUCCUGUUAUAUAGUAAUCCUGUGUACCCCCAAACCUGUCCUGUUAUAUAGUAAUCCUGUGUACCCCCAAACCUGUCCUGUUAUAUAGUAAUCCUGUGUACCCCCAAACCUGUCCUGUUAUAUAGUAAUCCUGUGUACCCCCAAACCUGUCCUGUUAUAUAGUAAUCCUGUGUACCCCCAAACCUGUCCUGUUAUAUAGUAAUCCUGUGUACCCCCAAACCUGUCCUGUUAUAUAGUAAUCCUGUGUACCCCCAACCUGUCCUGUUAUAUACUAAUCCUGUGUACCCCCCAACCUGUCCUGUUAUAUAGUAAUCCUGUGUACCCCCAAACCUGUCCUGUUAUAUAGUAAUCCUGUGUACCCCCAAACCUGUCCUGUUAUAUAGUAAUCCUGUGUACCCCCAAACCUGUCCUGUUAUAUAGUAAUCCUGUGUACCCCCAAACCUGUCCUGUUAUAUAGUAAUCCUGUGUACCCCCAAACCUGUCCUGUUAUAUAGUAAUCCUGUGUACCCCCAAACCUGUCCUGUUAUAUACUAAUCCUGUGUACCCUCAAACUGGCAGCCUGUCCUGUUAUAUAGUAAUCCUGUGUACCCCCAGACCUGUCCUGUUAUAUAGUAAUCCUGUGUACCCCCAAACCUGUCCUGUUAUAUAGUAAUCCUGUGUACCCCCAAACCUGUCCUGUUAUAUAGUAAUCCUGUGUACCCCCAAACCUGUCCUGUUAUAUAGUAAUCCUGUGUACCCCCAAACCUGUCCUGUUAUAUAGUAAUCCUGUGUACCCCCAAAUCUGUCCUGUUAUAUAGUAAUCCUGUGUACCCCCAAACCUGUCCUGUUAUAUAGUAAUCCUGUGUACCCCCAAACCUGUCCUGUUAUAUAGUAAUCCUGUGUACCCUCCAACCUGUCCUGUUAUAUAGUAAUCCUGUGUACCCCCAAACUGGCAACCUGUCCUGUUAUAUAGUAAUCCUGUGUACCCCCAAACGUGUCCUGUUAUAUAGUAAUCCUGUGUACCCCCAAACUGGCAACCUGUCCUGUUAUAUAGUAAUCCUGUGUACCCCCCAACCUGUCCUGUUAUAUACUAAUCCUGUGUACCCCCCAACCUGUCCUGUUAUAUACUAAUCCUGUGUACCCCCAAACCUGUCCUGUUAUAUAGUAAUCCUGUGUACCCCCAAACCUGUCCUGUUAUAUAGUAAUCCUGUGUACCCCCAAACCUGUCCUGUUAUAUACUAAUCCUGUGUACCCUCAAACUGGCAGCCUGUCCUGUUAUAUAGUAAUCCUGUGUACCCCCAGACCUGUCCUGUUAUAUAGUAAUCCUGUGUACCCCCAAACCUGUCCUGUUAUAUAGUAAUCCUGUGUACCCCCAAACCUGUCCUGUUAUAUAGUAAUCCUGUGUACCCCCAACUGGCAACCUGUCCUGUUAUAUAGUAAUCCUGUGUACCCCCCAACUGGCAACCUGUCCUGUUAUAUAGAAAUCCUGUGUACCCCCCAACUGGCAACCUGUCCUGUUAUAUAGUAAUCCUGUGUACCCCCAACCUGUCCUGUUAUAUAUCAGAUAUUAAUUCUGUGUACCUCCCCGUAUAACUUACUGUAUAGAUAUCACCCUGUCUACCUCCCUGUAUAACUUACUGUAUAGAUAUCUUCCUGUCUACCUCCCUGUAUAACUUACUGUAUAGAUAUCUCCCUGUCUACCUCCCCGUAUAACUUACUGUAUAUAUAUCGCCCUGUCUACCUCCCUGUAUAACUUACUGUAUAGAUAUCGUCCUUUCUACCUCCCUGUAUAACUUACUGUAUAGAUAUCGCCCUGUCUACCUCCCCGUAUAACUUACUGUAUAGAUAUCGCCCUGUCUACCUCCCCGUAUAACUUACUGUAUAGAUAUCGCCCUGUGUACCUCCCUGUAUAACUUACUGUAUAGAUAUCAUGUUGUCUACCUCCCCGUAUAACUUACUGUAUAGAUAUUGCCCUGUGUACCUCCCUGUAUAACUUACUGUAUAGAUAAUAAGCCUGUGUACCUCCCAUUAUAACUUACUGUAUAGAUAUAAGCCUAAUGUACUCCAUUAUAACUUACUGUAUAAGAUAUAAGCCCUGUCUACCUCCCCGUAUAACUUACUGUAUAUAUAUCGCCCUGUGUACCUCCCCGUAUAACUUACUGUAUUGAUAUCGCCCUGUCUACCUCCCCGUAUAACUUACUGUAUAGAUAUCGCCCUGUGUACCUCCCCGUAUAACUUACUGUAUAUAUAUCGCCCUGUCUACCUCCCUGUAUAACUUACUGUACAGAUAUCACCCUGUGUACCUCCCUGUAUAACUUACUGUAUAGAUAUCGCCCUGUGUACCUCCCCGUAUAACUUACUGUAUAGAUAUCGCCCUGUGUACCUCCCCGUAUAACUUACUGUAUAUAUAUCGCCCUGUGUACCUCCCCGUAUAACUUACUGUAUAUAUAUCGCCCUGUCUACCUCCCUGUAUAACUUACUGUACAGAUAUCACCCUGUGUACCUCCCUGUAUAACUUACUGUAUAGAUAUCGCCCUGUUUACCUCCCCGUAUAACUUACUGUAUAGAUAUCGCCCUGUCUACCUCCCUGUAUAACUUACUGUAUAUAUAUCGCCCUGUGUACCUCCCCGUGUAACUUACUGUAUAGAUAUCGCCCUGUGUACCUCCCCGUAUAACUUACUGUAUAUAUAUCGCCCUGUCUACCUCCCUGUAUAACUUACUGUACAGAUAUCGCCCUGUCUACCUCCCUGUAUAACUUACUGUACAGAUAUCACCCUGUGUACCUCCCUGUAUAAUUUACUGUAUAGAUAUCGCCCUGUGUACCUCCCUGUAUAACUUACUGUAUAGAUAUCGCCCUGUCUACCUCCCUGUAUAACUUACUGUAUAGAUAUCGCCCUGUCUACCUCCCCGUAUAACUUACUGUAUAGAUAUCGCCCUGUCUACCUCCCCGUAUAACUUACUGUAUAGAUAUCGUCCUGUGUACCUCCCUGUAUAACUUACUGUAUAGAUAUCGCCCUGUGUACCUCCCCGUAUAACUUACUGUAUAGAUAUCGUCCUGUCUACCUCCCCGUAUAACUUACUGUACAGAUAUCGCCCUGUCUACCUCCCCGUAUAACUUACUGUAUAGAUAUCGUCCUGUGUACCUCCCCGUAUAACUUACUGUAUAGAUAUCGUCCUGUUUACCUCCCUGUAUAACUUACUGUAUAGAUAUCGCCCUGUCUACCUCCCUGUAUAACUUACUGUAUAUAUAUCGCCCUGUGUACCUCCCUGUAUAACUUACUGUACAGAUAUCGCCCUGCCUACCUCCCUGUAUAACUUACUGUACAGAUAUCACCCUGUCUACCUCCCUGUAUAACGUACUGUAUAGAUAUCGUCCUGUCUACCUCCCCGUAUAACGUACUGUAUAGAUAUCGCCCUGUCUACCUCCCCGUAUAACUUACUGUAUAGAUAUCGCCCUGUGUACCUCCCUGUAUAACUUACUGUAUAGAUAUCGCCCUGUGUACCUCCCUGUAUAACUUACUGUAUAGAUAUCAUGUUGUCUACCUCCCCGUAUAACUUACUGUGAAUUCAUGUUGUCUACUGCACCUGUAUAGCUUACUGUAUAGAUAUAAACAUCUAUCAUUAUAACUUACUGUAUAGAUAUCGCCCUGUGUACCUCCCCGUAUAACUUACUGUAUAGAUAUCAUGUUGUCUACCUCCCUGUAUAACUUACUGUAUAGAUAUCGUCCUGUCUACCUCCCUGUAUAACUUACUGUAUAGAUAUCGCCCUGUCUACCUCCCCGUAUAACUUACUGUAUAGAUAUCGCCCUGUGUACCUCCCUGUAUAACUUACUGUAUAGAUAUCGCCCUGUGUACCUCCCUGUAUAACUUACUGUACAGAUAUCGCCCUGUCUACCUCCCCGUAUAACUUACUGUAUAGAUAUCGCCCUGUCUACCUCCCUGUAUAACUUACUGUAUAGAUAUCGCCCUGUGUACCUCCCUGUAUAACUUACUGUAUAGAUAUCGCCCUGUGUACCUCCCUGUAUAACUUACUGUACAGAUAUCGCCCUGUCUACCUCCCCGUAUAACUUACUGUAUAGAUAUCGCCCUGUGUACCUCCCCGUAUAACUUACUGUAUAGAUAUCAUGUUGUCUACCUCCCCGUAUAACUUACUGUAUAGAUAUCGCCCUGUGUACCUCCCUGUAUAACUUACUGUAUAGAUAUCGCCCUGUCUACCUCCCCGUAUAACUUACUGUACAGAUAUCGCCCUGUGUACCUCCCUGUAUAACUUACUGUAUAUAUAUCGCCCUGUGUACCUCCCCGUAUAACUUACUGUAUAGAUAUCGCCCUGUGUACCUCCCUGUAUAACUUACUGUAUAGAUAUCAUGUUGUCUACCUCCCCGUAUAACUUACUGUAUAGAUAUCGUCCUGUCUACCUCCCUGUAUAACUUACUGUAUAGAUAUCGCCCUGUCUACCUCCCUGUAUAACUUACUGAAUAGAUAUCGCCCUGUAUACCUCCCUGUAUAACUUACUGUAUAGAUAUCGCCCUGUCUACCUCCCUGUAUAACUUACUGUAUAGAUAUCGCCCUGUCUACCUCCCUGUAUAACUUACUGUAUAGAUAUCGCCCUGUGUACCUCCCUGUAUAACUUACUGUAUAGAUAUCGUCCUGUGUACCUCCCCGUAUAACUUACUGUAUAGAUAUCAUGUUGUCUACCUCCCCGUAUAACUUACUGUAUAGAUAUCGCCCUGUGUACCUCCCUGUAUAACUUACUGUAUAGAUAUCGCCAUGUCUACCUCCUCGGAUAUGGUAAGGUAUCAUUUCCGUUACUGAUCAUUGACAUUUUAGGAGCGAGCACUGUAACUGUAAAGCUAUAUCUCACGUUAUAUAGCCCUGAAUGAAUGAAUGCAGGUACAUGUGUAGAAUUUGCUGUUCCGCUGUCUGUAUGCAACUAAGCAAAGAAUUGUAAGAAUAAGGGAAUUGUAAACUGGUGGCCAUUUUAAGUAAUCACCACUACAGCAUGUUACGGUGGGCAUGGUGCCAGGGUAGGCUGCCAAAGCUUUUACGAAUGGUUUGAAACUUGAUACGCUAAGCCAAAAGUUCACACUUCAACAUCAGCAAUGUCAAUUUUAUGCAACUUUUUGGUUUUAUUCAUUGCCUGUAGCAUCGCUGGUUCCCAACAGAACCAGAGAGGUAUGAAACCAAACUGAACUGUUUUGGUAAAAAAAUACAUGAAUAUAUAAUAAUUUAUAUUGAGACCUCUUUCUCUGAUUAAUGGAGAAACACACUGUGAAUAUUAAAUCCAACUUGUGUCUAUGAAGCAAAGAGUCAAUUAUUAUUUUAACAUUUUUUUAUAUAUCACACAUGUGCUGCAGGAAUAAUUUUGUGUCUGCGAGAUCAUGAAGAACCUGUAUUAAUAAAACUUAAAAUAACCUGUCCCGCAGAAUGAACGGGAAAAGAUAAACAGACAGCCUGUAGGCUUUCCUGGGUUAAAAAGUACUCGGAUUGUUUGCCAGAAAAUGGAACCAUUCAUGAGGAAUACAGUUCGCUAGGAAUGUGUCUGUCUAAGGGAUUCAGACUCCAGAGACCUUGGAGGAUGUUUCUAAGGAGUGACCUGGGCUGAGCGUAGACUCUGAAUUCAUAUAAUACCCCGUGCAGUGAGACACUUGCCCCUGUUCUUCAUAGCUUAACAAGCAAGGCAUUAAUCGGUCAUUGAAAUCAGGCUUCCCCAAACUCUGGCCCUCCAGAUGUUGCUGAACUACAACUCCCAUGGUUCUAUGAAUGAAAUAGAUAGGCUGAUAAUCAUGGGAGUUGUAGUUCAGCAACAUCUGGAGGGCUGGAGUUUGGGGAAGCCUGAUUUAAAUGCUUUAAAGCACUGAUUUGCGUCUCCAGAUGUUUGAAAACUACAUUUCCCUAGAUGCUUAGCGUCUAGCCCCAAAUGCUAAUUUAUGUAUGUCAGCAUGGUGACAGUGUCCACCUAACAUAACCGGCCUUAUAUCACAUGACUAUAUUACUGAAUUUAUCUGACAUCCAUUUAUUACACUGUAUCCAUGGUAACAUGCCUGAUGCUAUGUAUCUAAUAAUACAAUGUGUCUAUUGAUUAAUAAAAUGGUUUAUCAUCGAGUUACAGGCAGCCGAUAUUUGUAUAUUUGGACUAUCACUGCAUAUUUUUUUAUUAACUACAGUACCCAAGAUGCUCAGCUAGCCUCCAAGUCUACGCACAUGUCUGACACAUAUAGAAAUAUAAACCUUUGCUAAAUCCCAGUCACCGUCCGCUGUAUAAUCUCCCAUGGCUUAGAUUCUUUAUUGCCUUUUUUAUAGAAUAACAAAGAACAUUUUUUUCCUGCUACAGAAAACCUUUUGAUCCUGACUGUAGCCACAGAGGACUCGGAUGGCCUGAAGCGAUUUCAAAGGUCGGCGCAGUGUUUUAACUACAAAGUGAAGGUGAGUGAAUGGGAGAUAGUUUCACCCAGUCACCAAACCUAACGCUAGCCUCGAAUUUAACAUUCAUAAGUAACUGUAGAGGAGACCAGGCUAGGCAGGGGGAUGGGCGGACCCAUUCACAAUUACCAGAAACUAAUAUAAGGUGCAGGCAUGUCAGAGCAAAUCCCAAUCUGGAGCCAUCUGGAGCCAGGAAUUUUACUCUGUACCCAGUAAUUAUCCAGAGAUAGGUUCUACUUUCUAUGUAACUGUUGGUUGGAAUCCAGUGAUUGUAGAGUACUGCCUUCUGUGCUUGUUAAAGGCUCAUCGUAGAAUGCAGUGUAACUUUAUCCUUUAAUGCAGGAAGUUAGAUAAUAAAAUACAGAAACAAACAAUACGAAGAUAGGCAGCUACCCAAACGAAGGAGACCCCUCAGAUCCUUCAACAAAUGGUAAAAUACAGAGAAAUGGGGUAGGGCUGCGCCAGCGAAAAAUAAUAAAUAAAUUAACGUAAAAUAGUCCAAAAGGGUCUCACAAGAGCAACAAUGCUUGAUGGUAUAUAGAUGGGUAGACUUUUCAGUAGAAGUGGGUGCGUCCUGGUGUCUCAGGGUAUUCGCAUAUAUGAAAAACAAGGAGCAGCCAGUAGUGCAAUAUGUCUAAAAUCCAGAGGGUAAAAUAAUAGAACGUAAAGAACUCACAUUUAAAAGAGCUAUGGCCAGCUCUGGUGUGAAGGGCGUACAGCGAUAUAAUCCUCGCUUUUGGGAUAUGUGAAGGGAAUGCUUCUGUCAACACCGUCUGGUCAUCCAAGGAUCCAAAGAGGAUAAAAAGAGGUGACAAUAGUGCUCUCAAUUGCGUAAAAGUAACUCAAAUAAUACUCACAUGUAUAGAGCAGAAACACUGCUCUAUUAGUAAAGCGUUGGUGGUAUGAUCUCUUUAAGUGCAGGAACAACAGGAAAGUAAAAUUAGUAAAAGUGCAUAAAAAUACAAUAAAAAGAGAAUUGACACAGUCAGUAACUAAAAACUUUUAAUUGAUCUAAAAUACACAAUAUAAAAUAACCAUUACGCGUUUCACCAAUAAGGCUUUCUCAAAUGUAAUUAAAAAAAAGUUAGAUCAUGCAUUAAAUCACACAUGCAAAAAAACUAGCCUUUUGCUGUUCCCUUGUACAGUUGUAAAUAAGCAAACAAUAAUAUAUAAAUACAUGAACAAAUACCUAUUUGUAAUUUAAUCUUUAGAUUGUAAGCUCAUGGGCAGGGCCUCUACCUUUUUUUUUUUUUGGUCUGUUUAUACCGUAUUGUCUUUUUCCCAGCGUACAGCACUGUGGAAUAUGUUGGAACUUUAUAAAUGCCAGUAAUAAAUAGAAUAUGAAUAAUGUUCACUAUUUGCAUUGGAUUUAAUAAUGUUCAUGUAUAGAUUUCUGUACUAUGAAUUGAGCGCUGGUAUUGUCUAACUUUUUUUUUGCUACUUCCAUUAACAUAGAGUGUGGAAAUCUGACAAACUGUAAAAUGGAAAGGAAGUUCUUUUAUGGAUAUAUGUAAUGUGUUUAAAUACCAGAUUAUAUGUAAACCUUUACUCGUGGGAAAACCAACUAACAGCUGUUUUGUGAGGCUGGGGUCCACUGUCUAAGAUUGUACAGCGCACAUACACGGGAUACAGUGUAUUGUAAUCAUUUCAUAUUUAAUGACAAACGAAUAAAAUGAACACCACUCACGAUAUCUGUGUCGUCUGUAACGUUUAUCGUAUCUUCUCUCUGCAGGUAUUGGGACUCAAUGAAGAAUGGAGAGGGGAAGGACAGAAAGUGCGGCUCCUAAAAUCUGAUCUCGAUCAAUACGCAGACAGAGAAGAUCUUAUUCUUUACACGGACAGGUAUUGCUAAAGCAGGCAUAUCAGAAGUAUGUUCCCCAUGGAAGAAAUCCCUGGGGGUUUUAUUACAUGAUCUCUACAGCCUGUUAUUGGGGGUUAGAAUUCCAAGAUGGCAUCCUCCACAUGGAACAGACACAUCUUUAAGUGGUAUGUUGAAUAUUGCAUAUUCUAUAUGUUCCUAUUCAAAUACUGUAACAGAUCACCUGGCACCCCGACUGGGUACCUCCGUUGAAGGAUGCUCCUAGCGCUUCAAAUCCUCCCCUCUGCCUGUGAUAUAAUUACUGAACACAAUAGGUUAAUGUAAUUUAUCACAGGCAGGAAAAAUACACUUUUUAUACAUACACUGUAACUUUAAAAAUAUGCAUCAUAUUCACAUAAAACAUACAUAUUCAGAAUCAGCAUACUUUAAAUAUAAACAUAACAAAAAUUCAGCCAAUUCCAUCCAGGGGUUAAAAAGUUAAGGGAGAGUCCUAUUUGACCAAAUGAAGCAUGGCUUUUCUGCCCAAAACCAGUUCCACAGAGUCUUCUAUCCUGGCGAUAAUUGGGAAGUAAUCCAAUUAUCUCCAAGGACAGAGGCAAAACUCGAUUAGCCACAUGGCAGACAAAGGACAAUAAAAGACAUAAAAAUACAUACUGUUACAUGUAUCACAUAGAACAUACACUUUCUACCUAUCCCCAGAUAGCUUAGAUCUGAGCGCACAUUAUUACAUACAGUUCAAUCGCCAUGGAGCCAAAGUCUUUCAUACAGUCUUUCAGUAUACGGCUGGGCUCCAUGGCAUAGCUAUGUGGGGUAGCAUGGCUUUAACAGUCCGCAGAAAGGCACGAAUAAACCUUUCUGCAGGUAAAAUAAAAGUUUAAAAUGCAGGACCAUAGUCUAAAGGGAGCUGGCGAGCAACCAGGCCUCUCCAGUGGACAGUGGCGAGGUUGGUUCCGCACAAAUACAUAUUAAGGUUUGGCUGUGUAAUGGGUUAAACAGAACAUAUGGCGUUUGCUAUUCUAUACCAUAAGGUCUCUGGAAUUUGCUGUAUAAGAGAUUUGGGGUGGUCUUUAUAUGGGGAAUUUCCUUAUAUCCCAGAGUCUAAACUAAAAGUUAUGAUGUAAUUUGGGCUAUAUAGGGCAGAGGCCAAAGGACAACGCUCUUUUCCUUCUACAAUCUGUUUUGCUCUCCUCUCUGAUGUCCUGAGUUGCUGAUACAAAGACGAUUCUCUGUAACGUCGUUAAGAAAUACCAUCUGUUAAGUAUAUUAUUGUUUGCUGUUGAAGUAGAAUAAAUGCAUAUUUUUUAUAAAGAACGUCCGAUUGUGUAUUCGUACUUUUCAUUAAUAUAGACCUAUAUUAAUGUGGCGAGCAUUUUUUGGCCCAAGAAGAAAUAUAUAUAUAUAUAUAUAUAUAUAUAUAUAUAUAUAUAUAUAUAUAUAUAUAUAUAUAUAUAUAUAUAUAUAUAUAUAUAUAUAUAUAUAUAUAUAUAGAAACUAUACAAUUUCUGGCACUCUUCCCAAAUAAUAAUACAUACCAGGUGCUUCUCUGUGCAAAAUACUAUAAACAAAGCAAAAAAUGAGAGCACUCCAUGGAUUUGGUAAAUCAAAUUACUGUAUUCAAAUAGCACAAAAAAAAUAUUUGUGCUAUUUGAAUACAGUAAUUUGAUUUACCAAAUCCAUGGAGUGCUCUCAUUUUUUGCUUUGUAUAUAUAUAUAUAACUUAUUCAACUAAAUAAACACACAGACAGUUAUUACAUGGUAAUUCCAGAGCACUUCUAGUAACGUGAAAAUAAUAUUAAUCUAUUUGCAUUAUUGUUUUAAACAGAAUUAUGGAAAGAAACGCUCAGGUGUCCACGUCAAUAUAAAGGAUAACUGUUACUUCAAAACUGUUUUUUAAUAUAAUGAUCCUUUCAUCAAGUAUUGAAAGGGAUUUUUAAAAUAAAAGAAGUAUAUGUAAUGAAAUGAGAAAAACGUGUCCUGUAGUUUAUGACAGGAUCCUACAGCCAAAUACAUGCACCUUCGAUCAGACAGAGUUUGAAAACGAACAGUGAGUCUCUGUGGUCGUCCCUGUUUCUGUGCUGGGAGCCAAGCAGGGAAGGUCAUACAGACUAAGUGUUGAUUUUCAAAUUCUGUCUGAUUCAUGGUGCAUGUACAUAGCUCAAGGAUCUUGGAAAAUACUCACUGUAGGGAUGAGGUUUAAAAAAAAAACAAACAAAAACCACACAAUUUUUGAUAUAUACUUAAUUAAAAAAAACUCUAUUUCCUUUAAAAACUUAAUGAAUGGGUUAUUAUAUUAAUUUUAAGUGAAAUUUUGCUCAAAAAUCGCACUGAACGUUAGGAUGUCUAAUGAAAUCUAAUUGUCACUAACUGUUCUGGAUAUAAGAUAGCCGGACAUCGAGUGGUUUGAGGUGGGUUAUAUCCUGUUUGUUUUAGUAACUGUGCUUUAUGAGAUAAUGUUUGUUGUUUGUUUUUUUUCCCCUUCAAACCUGCAUUUAUUUUGUUUAUUUUAGUUACGACACAAUCUUUGCAUCCGGCCCUGCAGAACUGAUUAAGAAAUUUAAGCAAGCCAAAAGUAAAGUGGUUUUCUCGGCAGAAAGCGUGGUUUACCCUGAUAGACGUCUUGAGACAAAAUAUCCCUCGGUCCAGGAGGGCAAACGUUUCCUGGGAUCUGGAGGUAUGUUUAACCGUUCAUUUUGUCAAUAAGUGUGUGAAAACAGAAUUAUUUAUUGAUUCUGUUUGUCAGGGACACACCCUGAGCAUUCAUUUCUUUAUUGUGGCACUGCUGGAAAGACCGAAAUGUUUGUAAAAUACACAUUAAGGGAAGUUUAUUGUCUUUAAAGCAGCAAAACUAUUAAGAAAUGGAUGUUCUGGCUGUGUGCCCAUUGUUUUGUAUAUCUGAAGUCCAGAUUGGGUUGAGUAUCAUUGCCUUCCCAACACCUGUCAUUUAUCCCGAAAUCUGUGGUCAGCGGCAUCAGAUUUACAGAUCUUGUGUUCAGACCAGAAGAUGAUGUUUAUUUUUUCCUGAUUUAGUUUUUAUUGCCUUUGGGAGUGUUGAACAAACACAUAACUAUACACCUGAUAUUAUUAUUUAUAAAGCACCGACUUUCCAUAGCACCGUACAAUGUGGUGACUAACAGACAUCAGAGGGCCCUGCUCAGUGAGUUUACAUGUUAGAGGGAGUGGGGUAUAGUGACAGUAACAGAGGGAUUGAGAGGCCUGCUCAGUGAGUUUACAUGUUAGAGGGAGUGGGGUAUAGUGACACAGUAACAGAGGGAUUAAGGGCCCUGCUCAGUGAGGUUACAUGUUAGAGGGAGUGGGGUAUAGUGACACAGUAACAGAGGGAUUGGGGGCCCUGCUCAGUGAGUUUACAUGUUAGAGGGAGUGGGGUAUAGUGAGACAGUAACAGAGGAAUUGAGGGCCUGUUCAGUGAGUUUACAUGUUAGAGGGAGUGGGGUAUAGCGACACAGUAACAGAGAGUUGAGGCCCUGCUCAGUGAGCUUACAUGUUAGAGGGAGUGGGGUAUAGUGACACAGUAACAGAGGAUUGAGGGGCCUGCUCCAGUGAGUUUACAUGUUAGAGGUGGGGUAUAGUGACACAGUAACAGAGGGAUUGAGGGCCUGCUCAGUGAGUUUACAUGUUAGAGGGAGUGGGGUAUAGUGACACAGUAGCAGAGGGAUUGAGGCCCUGCUCAGUGAGUUUACAUGUUAGAGGGAGUGGGGUAUAGUGACACAGUAACAGAGGGAUUGAGGGCCUGCUCAGUGAGUUUACAUGCUAGAGGGAGUGGGGGUAUAGUGACACAGUAACAGAGGGAUUGAGGGCCCUGCUCAGUGAGUUUACAUGUUAGAGGGAGUGGGGUAUAGUGACUUUUAGUAGCAGAGGAGUUGAGGCCUGCUCAGUAAGAAGUUUUACAUGUUAGAGGUGGGGUAUAGUGACACACAGUAACAGAGGGAUUGAGGGCCCUGCUCAGGUGAUUUACAUGUGGUAGAGGGAGUGGGGUGUAGUGACACAGUAACAGAGGUGGGGAGCCUGCUCAGUGAGCUUACAUGUUAGAGGGAGUGGGAUAUAGUGACAGUAACAGAGGGAUUGAGGGCCCUGCUCAGUGAGUUUACAUGUUAGAGGGAGUGGGGUAUAAUGACACAGUAACAGAGGGAUUGAGGACCUGCUCAGUGAGGUUACAUGUUAGAGGGAGUGGGGUAUAGUGACACAGUAACAGAGGGAUUGAGGGCCUGCUCAGUGAGUUUACAUGUUAGAGGGAGUGGGGUAUAGUGACACAGUAACAGAGGGAUUGAGGGCCCUGCUCAGUGAGUUUACAUGCUAGAGGGAGCGGGGUAUAGUGACACAGUAACAGAGGGAUUGAGGGGCCCUGCUCAGUGAGUUUACAUGUUAGAGGGAGUGGGGUAUAGUGACACAGUAACAGAGGGAUUGAGGGCCCUGCUCAGUGAGUUUACAUGUUGGUGGGAGUGGGGUAUAGUGACACAGUAACAGAGGGAUUGAGGGCCUGCUCAGUGAGUUUACAUGUUAGAGGGAGUGGGGUAUAGUGACACAGUAACAGAGGAGUUGAGGCCUGCUCAGUGAGUUUACGUUAGAGGGAGUGGGGUAUAGUGACUUGCUUACAGUAACAGAAGGAUUGAGGGCCUGCUCAGUGAGUUUACAUGUUAGAGGGAGUGGGGUAUAGUGACACAGUAACAGAGGGAUUGAGGGCACUGCUCAGUGAGUUUACAUGUUAGAGGGAGAGGGGUAUAGUGACACAGUAACAGAGGGAUUGAGGGCCCUGCUCAGUGAGUUUACAUGUUAGAGGGAGAGGGGUAUAGUGACACAGUAACAGAGGGAUUGGGGGCCCUGCUCAGUGAGUUUACAUGUUAGAGGGAGUGGGGUAUAGUGACACAGUAACAGAGGGAUUGAGGGCCUGCUCAGUGAGUUUACAUGUUAGAGGGAGUGGGGUAUAGUGACACAUUAACAGAGGGAUUGAGGGCCUGCUCAGUGAGUUUACAUGUUAGAGGGAGUGGGGUAUAGUGACACAGUAACAGAGGGAUUGAGGGCCUGCUCAGUGAGUUUACAUGUUAGAGUGAGUGGGGUAUAAUGACACAGUAACAGAGGGAUUGAGGGCCUGCUCAGUGAGUUUACAUGUUAGUGGGAGUGGGGUAUAGUGACACAGUAACAGAGGGAUUGAGGGCCUGCUCAGUGAGUUUACAUGUUAGAGGGAGUGAGGUAUAGUGACACAGUAACAGAGGGAUUGAGGGCCCUGCUCAAUGAGUUUACAUGUUAGAGAGAGUGGGGUAUAGUGACACAGUAACAGAGGGAUUGAGGCCCUGCUCAGGUAGGUUUACAUGUUAGAGGGAGUGGGGUAUAGUGAGCAGUAACAAGAGGAUGAGGCCUAUGGUGAGUUACAUGUUAGAGGAGUGGGGUAUAGUGACACAGGAACAGAGGGGUUGAGGGCCUGCUCAGUGAGUUUUCAUAUUAGAGGGAGUGGGGUAUAGUGACACAGUAACAGAGGGAUUGAGGGCAUGCUCAGUGAGUUUACAUGUUAGAGGGAGUGGGGUAUAGUGACACAGUAACAGAGGGAUUGAGGGCCUGCUCAGUGAGUUUACAUGUUAGAGGGAGUGGGGUAUAGUGACACAUUAACAGAGGGAUUGAGGGCCUGCUCAGUGAGUUUACAUGUUAGAUGGAGUGGGGUAUAGUGACACAGUAACAGAGGGAUUGAGGGCCCUGCUCAGUGAGUUUACAUGUUAGAGGGAGUGGGGUAUAGUGACAGUAACAGAGGGAUUGAGGGCCUGCUCAGUGAGUUUACAUGUUAGAGGGAGUGGGGUAUAGUGACACAGUAACAGAGGGAUUGAGGGCCUGCUCAGUGAGUUUACAUGUUAGAGGGAGUGGGGUAUAGUGACACAGUAACAGAGGGAUUGAGGGCCUGCUCAGUGAGUUUACAUGUUAGAGGGAGUGGGGUAUAGUGACACAGUAACAGAGGGAUUGAGGGCCCUGCUCAGUGAGUUUACAUGUUAGAGGGAGUGGGGUAUAGUGACACAGUAACAGAGGAUUGAGGGCCCUGCUCAGUGAGUUUACAUGUUAGAGGGAGUGGGGUAUAGUGACACAGUAACAGAGGGAUUGAGGCCCUGCUCAGUGAGUUUGCAUGUUAGAGGGAGUGGGGUAUAGUGACACAGUAACAGAGGGAUUGAGGGCCCUGCUCAGUGAGUUUACAUGUUAGAGGAAGUGGGGUAUAGUGACACACAGUAACAGAGGGAUUGAGGGCCUGCUCAGUGAAUUUACAUGUUAGAGGGAGUGGGGUAUAGUGACAGUAACAGAGAGAUUGAGGGCCUGCUCAGUGAGUUUUCAUGCUAGAGGGAGUGGGGUAUAGUGACACAGUAACAGAGGGAUUGAGGGCCUGCUCAGUGAGUUUACAUGUUAGAGGGAGUGGGGUAUAGUGGCACAGUAACAGAGGGAUUUAGGGCCUGCUCAGUGAGUUUACAUGUUAGAGGAGUGGGGUAUAGUGACAGUAACAGAGGGAUUGAGGCCCUGCUCAGUGAGUUUACAUGUUGGGAGUGGUAUAGUGACACAGUAACAGAGGGAUUGAGGGGCCUGCUCAGUGAGUUUACAUGUUGGGAGUGGGGUAUAGUGACACAGUAACAGAGGGAUUGAGGAGCCUGCUCCAGUGAGAGCUUACAUGUUAAAGGGGUGGGGUAUAGUGAGCAGUAACAGAGGGAUCGAGGCCCUGCUCAGUGGUUACAUGUUAGAGGGGAGUGGGGUAUAGUGACAGUAACAGAGGGAUCCGAGGGGCCCUACUGCUCAGUGAGUUUACAUGUUAGAGGGAGUGGGGUAUAGUGACACAGUAACAGAGGGAUUGAGGGUCCUGCUCAGUGAGUUUACAUGUUAGAGGGAGUGGGGUAUAGUGACACAGUAACAGAGGGAUUGAGGGUCCUGCUCAGUGAGUUUACAUGUUAGAGGGAGUGGGGGUAUAGUGACAGUAACAGAGGGAUUGAGGGCCUGCUCAGUGAGUUUACAUGUUAGAGGGAGUGGGGUAUAGUGACACAGUAACAGAGGGAUUGAGGGCCUGCUCAGUGAGUUUACAUGCUAGAGGGAGUGGGGUACAGUGACACAGUAACAGAGGGAUUGAGGGCCUGCUCAGUGAGUUUACAUGUUAGAGGGAGUGGGGUAUAGUGACACAGUAACAGAGGGAUUGAGGCCCUGCUCAGUGAGGUUACAUGCUAGAGGGAGCGGGGUAUAGUGACAGUAACAGAGGGAUUGAGGGCCUGCUCAGUGGUUUACACAUGUGUUAGAGGGAGUGGGGUAUAGUGACUGUUAACAGAGUUGAGGCCACUCCCAGUGGGUUUGGGGAGUGGGGUAUAGUGACACAUUAACAGAGGAUUGAGGGCCUGCUCAGUGAGUUUACAUGUUAGAGGGAGUGGGGUAUAGUGACACAGUAACAGAGGGAUUGAGGCCCUGCUCAGUGAGGUUACAUGCUAGAGGGAGCGGGGUAUAGUGACAGUAACAGAGGGAUUGAGGGCCUGCUCAGUGAGCUUCCAUGCUAGAGGGAGUGGGGUAUAGUGACACAGUAACAGAGGGAUUGAGGGCCUGCUCAGUGAGCUUCCAUGCUAGAGGGAGUGGGGUAUAGUGAUAAAGGCCUUCCUCUUUUUAAAUCCACUAAGAAAUUACAACAAUCAGUUUUUGCUUCUGUAUUUUUUUAAUUUUUUUAUUUAAUUAUUUUAAUAUUGUCUUUUUACACUAUGUAUGUGAUUUUUCUGUUUUCCCCUCUGCAGCAUUUAUAGGCACAGCAAAUUAUCUACACAAACUUUUAGCAGACUGGGAUGACGCAGAUGACGCCAGCAGCCAGUUAUUUUUUUCCAAUCUCUUCCUAGAUCCAGUGAAACGGGUAAGGAUAAAAAAAAUACAGUGAGGAUCAAAUAUGAUUCUGGAGCAAAUUCUAAAAUUGGAGCUGCCACCAUGGAAACUAUCAGAAUGCUCCUACAUAAAAUGAUCUGCAAAACGAUAACAUACAUAGCCAGUCAGGAAAAUGUUUGUCCUUUCUAUACACAUGUUUUAAGACUUUCUUGUGCAUUCAGCAGACGUAGUUCUAAACUGGAAAAUGAACACACCUUAAGGAAAUAUAUGAAACUGUCCUUCAACGAGGUUUAAAUGACUUCACAGUGACGUGGUGAAUUGAAACAGGAAUUUGGGGAAUUCAGGCUGAAACAGCUAGACUCUUUUCCCAGCUUGUCUACUUUGGCCUAAAUUUAUUACAAGAGUUUUCCAAUUCACUGCACUUCCCUGUUUAGUAAAUACAUGCUUAAUGUUGCAGAAUUGAAAUAGCAAGUGAUUUAUAUAUUAUUUUGUGUUUUUUGUAUGAAGGAGAAGAUUAACAUUACACUCGAUCACAGAUGUCGAAUCUUCCAAAAUCUCCACGGAUCUGUGGGUGAGUACGAAAUUGAUAAAAGUGGGUUUUAAAGGAACACUAUAGGGUCAGAAAAACAAAAAUGUAUUCCUGACCCUAGAGAUGAAUUGAAUCAAUGAGGAAAGUUCAGUGUCUGCAUGCAAAGGGUGGAGACACUGAAUGUCAGCCACACUGUGCAGCACUGCCCCAGGAAUCACCUCUAGUAGCCAUCUGGGGAGUGGCCAGUGGAGGGUUCACUAGGAUGUAAUGUAAACAUUGCAAUUAAUUUAAAAAGACAGUGUUUACUGCAAAAAGCCUGAAGGGUAUGAUUAUACUCACCAGAACAAAUACAAUAAGCUGUGUACUGUACAAUAAGCUGUGUACUAUACAAUAAGCUGUGUACUAUACAAUAAGCUGUGUACUAUACAAUAAACUGUAGUUGUUCUGGUGACUAUAGUGUCCCUAAAAGUACAUGUGUAGAUUAUAACACAUACUAUUUGGAUGUUACUUCUUUUCAUACACCAUUUAUUAUGGUUGAUACAAUGUUUGCUAGCUGGAAAGGCAUUGUGGGUAAUGUAGUUUACAGACUCCUGCUUCUUAAUGGAAUGUCAUGAUCAAUGUCUUAUAACCGUUCAGCGUCCUGUUGAUGUACAUUAUUGGACUUUGCCAUUUUUAAUCCACGGAUAUUGCUUUUACUUACAGGGGAUGUAGUACUAAAAUUUGAAAAUGGCAGAGUCCGAGCUAGGAAUCUUGCGUAUAACACUCUUCCUGUUUUAAUCCAUGGGAACAAGGCAACCAAGGUUAGUAAAUAGCUACAAUCUGUCUGAUUUCAGAUUCCAGCGCUGCGGAAUGUGUUAGCGUUUCAUAAAUCAUAAUAAUGGGGUUCAACAUGUUUCUAAUGAACUUGUACAGCUGCCAAAAAUGGACACACUUCCCUGUCACUUUAUUGCAUCCACGCUUCAUUUUGUGUGUUUGUGUCUCUCUCCAUGUGGCAAAAAUGUUAAUUUGUGAUGUCACAUUCAGUUAGAGUUGCAUUUAAAACCUUAUAUAUUGUUUGUAUGUGAGGCGUGACUGAACUGAAAUGCCACUUACGUCACAGUAAAUGCAGAUCUGUAAUAAAUCAACAUGGACAUUAAAAGAGGGGUCUCUUAAUUGUGAGGUCGGAAAAGAAAUAACCAUUUGUUUCAUUUACUAACGGAGUUUGAGUCCCUGGGGCGCUUACUAAUAUUGUAUCUGUCUACCACACAGCUUCAACUAAAUUAUCUUGGAAACUACAUUCCCCGGAGCUGGACCUUUGAAACUGGCUGCACUGUGUGUGACGAGGGAUUGCGCAGCCUUCAAGGAAUUAAGGUGAAUUAUCUUUCAGAGAAAUGGCAACUAACUUCCACUAGAUGUGUCAAACAUGGAUUAUUCACAUGUGUAUGAAAAUAAAAAAAUAAUAACAAUACCAUGAAUUUUGAUUAAAAUUACCAUCCCUAGGCUUUACUGCAGUUACCCCUGUCUAUGGCAGGAUGCUCCCGUAGCAUUUUAUUAUUAUUAUUUAUAUAUUCCAUAGCGCUGUACAAUACCGGUGCUGAGCAUAUUAUUAUUACUAUAUGCCAUCACUCUCUACACAGCAGUACAGAGCAGGGGUUUUGUGGAGUUUUCGUUUAGUUGUCAGCUUUUGCCUUUAGAAAGCUGAUCUCUCAACUACAACUCCUUGAAAUCCUUGCUGUGUAAAGGCACCUUUUAAAGCUUGUUAUCCCUAAUAGACCAAGGGUCUAAAAGCGCAUGCUGCUGCACCACAGUGGCCAAACGUGAUACUGCACCAGAUGUGCUCUCAUUGCUUUGUACAGCCUUUCCAGAGUGUGUUUAACAAUGGGAGGUUAAAGAGAUCUAGAAGUUUGUUUUGCCUGAAGAGUGUGCACAGUCUGACCUUUCAGUUUUUGGGUCCUACAGGCUUUGUUUAACAUGAAUUAAGUCUCCUUUACUUUCACAGAACGAAGAGUAUUUCCCUUUGGUAGUGAUUGGUGUCUUCAUAGAACAACCAACUCCAUUUGUCUCUGAAUUCUUUAAGAGACUCAAUAACUUGCAGUAUCCAAAGAAACGGAUCCAAGUUUAUAUUGCCAACCAUGUAAGUAACAUCCUGUCCUCACAGCGGUCUGAUUGUUAAUUUAACUUGUUGGGGUGUUAUUCCCACUAGCAUUCAGGUAGCCUUGGCAGGUGAUCGGUGAAAUAUCAGAUCUCCUGCUGCUAGAUGCAGACCCUCGGCUAGCUACCACUAACACUUCUCCUAAGAGAUGGUCAUCACUGGGGCUGACGGUUAUUACUUACUAACCUUUUAGGGUGCCGAGGUUUUAGUUCCAAAAGGGGGCGCAGUGGACCCAGAAAGCCAAGUCUGGGUGACAGGCUGGGGGAAAAUGAACUCCACUUUAAUUGGCAGCUUUUAGAAGCUUUAUUGACAAAUGAAAAGCUGGAGAAAUGAAACCGAAAUAGUGACCGUGUAAGCAGUAGCAGAAUCCUGAAAAUAUUUAUCUCUUUUCAUCUCAGGUAAAAGCUGGUAUUAUUUAAAUAGCACUACAGUUUCUUAAGUUUGUUUCUGCUUUAAUGCGGGCCUGUCAAUUCUCAUAUCUAACUAGUAAACGGAUACUCCAAACUAGGUUGACCCACUCUUUUUUCAUGCAUUAUAUAAAUAAUAUGCAAAAAUAAAGAAUAAAAUAAAAUAAUCUAUAUAUUCUCCUUUUGAAGUUUCUUCAUUUGCGUCAUGUCCCCUGGAUUUUCAACUUUUACACCUCAGGCUAGACCAGGAAGUGACUCAGCCAGUCAUUCCCACUUAACAUUGCUGUGUCCAUAAAGUACUGGCAUAAGCUCGGAAGUGCCUUUUGGUAGUGGUAGUCCAAUUGUCAUCUUUCUGCUCUAGAAAGCUAACAGGUGAACUACAACUCCCAAAAGACGUAGCAUUUUUGGUGCAAAAAUUUUAAAAUCUGCAGAUUGAGCAAAAGAAUGAACUCUAGGAGCAAAGCUAUUUAUUGUUAAAAAGAAGAUUAAAAAGACCAGCGUAACAAACUGUAAUCUAACCUCUGCAUUCCAUAACAUAUGUGGAUGUCUGCCGUAUGCACACUCCAAGUAUGUAAAUUCCAAAUGUCCCUUAAUUCCUUGUGAGAGACCCGUGACUGCGCAUGCGUGCACAGGGACUCCUGGGGGAAAAGAUGCUGAGCGCAAAUAUUCAAGCAGAGCAUAUCUGGACAUUGAUUGCACUCAUAGUGAAGAUCAGUGGGUUUUACACUUCCCUCCAUUCCACAGUCACUUUAAGGAAAGUAACACUUCCUCUUUGUAUAUGUAGCUUUGCCCCAGGCAUCUGCAGUCCACUGCUGACGAUUGCUUAGUCUAGAAUGAAUAAAUAUGCUAAAUUCCAGGCUCUCUCUCUGUCUGGACAGUUUCCCUGCAGGGUGACUGAGCACUUAAAGUCUUUGUUCUCUUUUUCCUGUGUGUUAUGUAGGAGAAUCACCACGAGAAACAUGUGGCAGCAUUUGUAGGUGAUCACGGCGCAGAAUACAACGCAGUCAAAUUCAUUGGUCCAGAGGAAGCCACGAGCUUGGCUGACGCUCGCAAUAAUGGAAUGUGAGUUUAAAAUCAGCUCACGUAGGCCACGAUUAGUUCUCAGGUUACUGUACCAUGAAAUGUCUCACAUUACUGGCAGCUUGUGUGCUGGAUCACAGUGGAAUGCCAAAGUGAGGAACAAUACUGUGCAACUUUUCCCCCCAAUUCAAAGUUCAUUUAAAGUAUACAUUUUCUUAAUGAUCUUUGUUUUUAACAAAGGAACUGUUGCAUCUCUAAUUAGGGCAUACUUGAAGAAGGUUUUUAAAAAAAAAAAAAAAAAAGAGCUAAUAAGUUGUGUUUUGUUUAGUUUAGUCCUUAUUUGAGUUAAACCAUUUAAUGGCUAAAUGUUACCUUUUGUUAAAGGAACUACAAGCACUCUGAGCACUACAGAGGGGUAUUCACCAUUUUGGAGUAGGAUUCUUUAAGAACAAAUUGUUAUGAUGGCAUAAAAUGCAAUUGAUCCUUAAGUGGAUACAUUUAGCAGUUUUGUUGGCAUAGGGUGUGCAAUGUAUGCAGGGUCACUGGAGAACUUCACAUUGCAGCGAAAUCACUAGUUUGGUGCCUAUUGAUGUCAGUGAUGAAUUUGCUGAUCUGCCUUGAUGCGAGCUUUUGCCAGCUUGCGCGCACAGAGAAUUGGAAUCCUUUAGAUGCUGAGUGACAACAGUGACUUGAGUGGUAGAAUUUUCCACACUGGAGUUUGCGUUAACUAUACCAAAUAAAACUAAUUUCUUUACUGUAUGAAUUCACAUUUUGUGUAAUAAUCUCUUCUGCUCCUUUCCUGAGACAUUCUGAUCUGUGAAUAUAGUGUGAAUGCUGACUUUGGCCUCCACUAUGCGCGGUUGUCAUACAGAACCCUGAAUCUGGGGACUUACUACUAAUAUAUUAUAUUUUCCAGAGAUAUGUGCCGCCAGAAUCUCGAAUGUGAAUAUUACUUCAGUAUCGAUGUUCAAGUAGUUCUGAACAACUCCACUGUCCUUCGAACCCUAAUUGAACAGAACAAGUAGGUUACCAUUUCUGUUUUUGAUCUACACAGGCAAACAACAGUUUAAACUAUUCUAUGUCAACUUUAACAAACACCACAACCCUGUCUGGCCAUACAUGGCUUCUUAGUUGUCUGUAUCCAUCUUCUCUGCUAAAACAAGGAUGAAAUACAGGUAGGCAUCAUGAAUGCUGCUGACAUAUACUAAAGCAAUCUGCGCCCCACAAACCGUAGAUAAGUAUAAAAAAGGUAAUAUAUAUUAACAUAAUAAAAUAACACAGUCCAGAUUUUCUUCAAAUAGCCUUGAUAUCUAUGUGGCUUGAUCCUUCCUCAGUGGGUAUAUAUAAAAAGUACAAAGAAAAGGAUCGAUAGUGUAGUAUUUCUCAGAAAAGGUGGGUUACAAACAACUAAGUGCGUAAGUGCCUCUCACAUGGUAUGGAGUUUUCACUCACGCUCCAGUAAUAACAACGUGUAGUGGUAUAAUCCCCACUCAAUGGAUAUAGAUGUUGUCUUGGUCAUGAAAUACCGACAAAAUCACACUUUUAUUUGAAAAUCUCUGAAUUCAUCUUUUUCUCUUAGAUCGAUAAUUGGGCCGGUCAUAGGACGUGUGGAUACCUUGUGGUCUAAUUUUUGGGGAGCGUUGAAUUCGGAUGGCUAUUAUGCUCGAUCCGAGGAUUACAUCGACAUUGUGCUCAGACAAAGAAUGUGAGUAAACUAAUUAAACUAGGAUGUGUGGUGGAAUCAUUUGCAUAUCUUGCCUGAUAUUUAUUAAGGCAAACGUUACAAUUCUGUCACCACGAUGAAAUUUUUUUUUGGAAAAUAACAAAUGACACUUGCAUGAAAAGCAAUCAUUAUAUAUCCAUAUAACAGCAACAUGGAAAUAAAAAUGCUUUGGAGUUAAUUUGCUAAACAGUGAAUUGGGGUACAUGGG